AUGCGGAGAGUUGUCCCCCAGCCUCCAGCGAAGGUCACACAUCCGGUUGAUCCUGCGGUAUCUGUUAAGGCGCCAGUUGGAAGAUCGGACCUACCUCCGAAGUUUUUGGGAAGUGUGGGCCCUUCACCUGCUAUAGUGAUGGGAAUAUUUGAUCCUCCACCUGUUAAGAUGUCACAGAGAGUUCAUCCAGCUUCCAUGGUGUUGCAGAAAGUUGAUCCUCAGUUAGCAAAGGUGUUACAGAAGGAAACGGGAUCUGCUGUUUGCCUGCCAGAAGCUCCGCAGCCUCCUGUUCUGCAAAAGCCCAAGGACUUGCCUGUUCUCAAGCAGCAGGAGCCCAUCACCUCUUCUCCAAAAGAAGAGCCUUGCUUCUCCGGUAGGAAUGCGGAAGCAGUUCAAGUGCAGGAUACUAAGCUCUCCCGGUCAGAUUGGAAGAAAAUCCGAAAAGCUGAGAAGAAAGAAAAAAAUUUCAGAGAUCUGUUUGUCACCUGGAAUCCAGUAUUGAUAGAGAAUGAAGGUUCAGAACUUGGUGAUAAAGACUGGCUGUUCAGCAGUACAAGGAAAACUGAUGCUAGCAUGGCUCAAUGCAAAGCAACUGAUGGUGUAGAGCCGAUCCAUCCAAUGGUGCAGAGGCCUUCUUUGCAACCCAGGGCGACUUUUUUGCCGGACCUUCAUAUCUACCAACUGCCAUAUGUCGUACCAUUUUAA